UAGAGAUAGAGAUAGAGAGAGAACAAACAAAAACAGCAAAAAGAUUAGAUUUUUCCGACAUAAGUACAUAUUGUGAAAUCUGAAUCUGAAAAUCACAAUUCAAAAAAAAAAGUGAAAAUUUUCUUUUCUCAAUUUUUUUUUUGGUAUAAAUAAAUGGCGACGCCAUUAACGACGGGAGGAAUAAAAGGCGGUGGUGGAGUAGCGAUAAUGGCAGGUCCAACAGUAGGGCAACACGUGGAUCAAUCUGGACCGUUAAAUAAUAAUAGAGUUAAAGGUGGUUCAUCACCAAUAAGGAUAUUCCUUUUUUUCCAUAAAGCAAUACGUACAGAACUUGAUGCGUUACAUCGAUCUGCUAUGGCGUUUGUUACGUUGAAUCAGGAAAGUGAGAUUAAGCCAUUUAUGGAAAGGUGUUAUUUUUUGAGGUCGAUUUAUAAACAUCACUGCAAUGCUGAAGAUGAGGUUAUCUUUCCAGCACUUGAUAUACGUGUGAAGAAUGUCGCACGGACUUACUCCCUUGAGCAUGAAGGAGAAGGUAUGCUUUUUGAUCACUUGUUUGCAUUACUUGACUCGGAUAUGCAAAGUGAAGAAAGCUACCGCAGAGAGUUGGCUUCCUGUACAGGAGCUCUUCAAACAUCUAUUAGCCAGCACAUGUCUAAGGAAGAGGAGCAGGUCUUUCCCUUGCUCAUGGAAAAGUUUUCAUUCGAGGAGCAGGCAUCACUGGUGUGGCAGUUUCUGUGCAGCAUCCCCGUGAAUAUGAUGGCUGAAUUUCUGCCCUGGCUUUCAUCCUCUAUUUCGGCCGAUGAGUGCAAAGAUAUGUAUAAAUGCUUGCACAAAGUAAUUCCAGACGAGGAGCUUCUUCAAGAGAUUAUGUUUACCUGGAUGGAUGGGAAAAAGUUAACAAACAAACGGAAGGCUUGUGAAGAGAGUACAACGAACCAUACUUCAGAUUCUGUUGUUAGAGGCUUAAUCAGUCAGGCAGAGAAUGCUUCUUGUCCUUGCGAAUCUUCUAGAAGUGAAUUUCUAGUCUCAAAUUUCAAUCUUAAAGAAUCCACUUUGAAUCGUCCGGUUGAUGAGAUACUGCACUGGCACAAGGCUAUCAGAAAGGAAUUGAAUGAAAUAACAGAAGCAGCUAGGGAAAUAAAGUCGCGUGGAGAUUUUUCUGAUUUAUCUGCCUUCAACCAGAGGCUCCAGUUUAUUGCUGAAGUUUGUAUCUUUCAUAGCAUUGCCGAGGACAAAGUUAUAUUUCCCGCAGUUGAUGUAGAAAUAUCAUUUGCCCAGGAGCACAAGGAAGAAGAAAAUGAGUUUGAUAAAUUUAGAUGCUUGAUAGAAAGUGUUCAGAGUGCUGGAUCCAACUCAACUUCUGUAGAAUUUUAUUCAAAACUGUGCUCACAAGCUGAUCAUAUAAUGGAGACAGUGGAAAGACACUUCUGUAAUGAGGAGGCUCAGGUUCUUCCACUUGCAAGAAAGCAUUUUAGCCCCAAACGGCAGCGGGAACUCCUUUACCAGAGCUUGUGUGUUAUGCCACUUAGACUCAUUGAAUGCGUCUUACCAUGGUUGGUAGGUUCAUUAAGUGAGGAGGAAGCAAGGUCUUUUCUUCACAACAUGCAUAUGGCAGCACCAGCAUCAGACACUGCCUUGGUCACGCUUUUCACUGGUUGGGCAUGCAAAGGUCGUCCAGCUGACAUUUGUUUGUCUUCAAGUGCAAUCGGUUGCUGUCCUGCUAAAGUUUUAGCACGGAAUCAGGAGAACUUAGGCAAAUGUUGUGGUACUUGCACUUCUUCAAGAAUUGUCAACUGUAGUAGCUCACAUGGUGAGCAAAGUAAUGGUGAAAGGCCAACCAAGCGUGUAAACUUAAUGUCAGAGGAGAAAUGCUAUCGUCAUGAUCCUUCAGGAAAUGGGAAAUUUCGGAAAGGAUCCACUGGUAAUCAGUCUUGUUGUGUUCCUGCAUUAGGCGUCGUAAAUUCCCUAGCUGCAGCAAAAUCAUCGCGCACUUUUAGUCCAAGUGCUCCUUCUCUGAACUCCUGUCUUUUCAACUGGGAUGCCAGCUUGACCAACGCUGGAUAUGCAACACGGCCGAUUGAUAACAUUUUUCAAUUUCACAAGGCAAUCAGAAAGGAUUUGGAAUUUUUGGAUGUUGAAUCUGGAAAACUAACUGAUUGUGAUGAGACUUCCCUCAGGAAGUUUUGUGGUCGUUUUCGUCUCCUGCGGGGUUUGUAUAAAGCUCACAGUAAUGCAGAGGAUGAUAUAGUAUUCCCAGCUUUGGAAUCAAAAGAGACACUUCAUAAUGUUAGCCAUUCUUACACCUUGGACCACAAACAGGAAGAAAAGCUAUUCGAGGACAUUUCAUCUGCACUUGAUGAGCUUUCCCAGCUCCGAGAAAACUUGAAUGGUGGGAGUUCAGUUAAAGGUCCUUGUAGAAACUCUGGUUCUUGUGACUUAAAUGAAUAUUCAAGAAAAUACAAUGAGCUAGCAACUAAAGUUCAAGCUAUGUGCAAAUCAAUAAAAGUAACCCUGGAUCAACAUGUUAUACGGGAGGAAGUUGAGCUAUGGCCGCUGUUUGACCGGCAUUUUAGCAUAGAAGAACAAGACAAACUAGUUGGUAGGAUAAUAGGAACAACUGGGGCAGAAGUACUUCAGUCAAUGUUGCCCUGGGUAACUACUGCUCUUACUCAGGAUGAACAAAAUAAAAUGAUGGAGACGUGGAAGCAAGCAACCAAAAACACAAUGUUCAGUGAAUGGCUCAAUGAAUGGUGGGAAGGAACUCCAGAUGGAACUCCCCAGACAUCAAGCUCAGAGGACAUUGUAACACAAGGAUAUGAGUUUUCUGGAUCUCUAGAACAAAGUGAUUCCACUUUUAAACCUGGAUGGAAGGACAUAUUUCGGAUGAAUCAAAAUGAGCUAGAGUCAGAAAUAAGGAAGGUCUCCCGUGACUCUUCGCUUGAUCCAAGAAGAAAAGCAUAUCUUAUUCAAAAUCUUAUGACCAGUCGCUGGAUAGCUGCUCAGCAGGAGUCUGAAGCAAGAUCUGGUGAAACUCCAAAUGGUCAAGAUCAACUUGGAUGUUCACCUUCAUUCCGUGAUCCAGAAAAGCAAGUGUUCGGAUGUGAGCAUUAUAAAAGGAACUGCAAGCUCCGAGCUGCUUGCUGUGGUAAACUAUUUCCAUGCAGAUUCUGUCAUGACAAAGUCAGUGACCAUUCUAUGGAGAGGAAGGCAACAACUGAAAUGAUGUGUAUGAAUUGCCUCAAAGUACAACCAGUUGGACCUAUUUGUACGACUCCAUCCUGUAACGGCCUUUUGAUGGCAAAAUAUUACUGCAGCAGCUGUAAAUUUUUUGAUGAUGAAAGGACAGUGUAUCACUGCCCAUUUUGCAAUUUAUGCCGGCUGGGGCAAGGACUAGGUGUUGACUUCUUUCAUUGCAUGACCUGCAAUUGCUGCCUCGGAAUGAAACUUGUGGACCACAAGUGCAGGGAGAAAGGUCUUGAAACCAACUGUCCAAUAUGUUGUGAUUUUCUGUUCACAUCAAGUGAAUCUGUCAGGGCUCUGCCCUGUGGGCACUUUAUGCAUUCGGCAUGCUUUCAGGCAUAUGCUUGCACACACUACAUCUGUCCCAUUUGCAGCAGGUCUAUGGGAGAUAUGUCGGUGUAUUUCGGGAUGCUUGAUGCUUUAAUGGCUUCGGAGGUACUACCAGAAGAAUAUAGGAACCUCUGCCAAGAUAUAUUGUGCAACGACUGUGGUAAGAAGGGAACUGCACCAUUUCAUUGGCUAUAUCACAAGUGUGGAUCUUGCGGAUCCUACAAUUCCAGAGUGAUAAAGGUGGAAACAAGUCCUCAUUGCUCCAGCUAAUGUUGAAAACUUGUAGGAUUACCCAGGGGCAGAGCUAGAGGGGCGGAAAGAGGGGUUUAUCCGUAUCCCCUUUGCCGGAAAAUCACACUAUAUAUACUAGGUCAUAAUCAUCUUUUAUGUAUAUAAUAGAUGUUGAACCCCUCGGUAAGAAUUCUGCCUGCCCACUGGGAUUACUGUCUGGUAGAAUUACACACUUCUCUAUACAUCGCAUUAUUUAGUGCGAGCUCAAUACAUAGGUUUGUAAAAUAUAUGAGCAUUUACGGUCGCCAAAAUUUUGUUAUUGUUGUACGCUAAACAUGCUGUUUAGCCUAUUCAUGUUUUACGAGGAUGAAGUGUUCAAAGAGGUUCCAAGAUUCAUUAUAGUACGAUUCAUACGUGACAAGGAGGGCCAGUUCAGAACAUAAUGUUUUCAUUUGCUUUA